AUGUCCAACAUCAGAUCAACAGCAUCCCCACUCUACCAUAAGGAUGAAGACCGCAUGAGCUGCACAGCGCCCGAAUCGUCCGCCUAUGGAAGACAAGACCCGACAAAGCUUAUCGAGACCGUUGUCACCAAGCUAAGCGUUGGGGACGCAAAGGCGGGCCGGGCUAUUCACUCUCGGGAGCCCAGAAUGCUUAGCUUGAUGGAAGCCCGACGUGCGCAGGGCUUUCUAGAUGAGGAUGUCCUCCUCGGUGACCUGGUUAAUCAGUACAAAAUUGUUGGUAAUAGUGUGGCGAGGGAGGUCGCGGUGGCAUGGGGCCUGGCUUUUCGCGACGCAUACGAGAAGACCUUGGCUGCUAACGGAGACAACAACCUGUCGCAGGCGAUCGAAGAGACACCUAUUGAGACUGCCAACCCGGUCAUCCCCGACUCUGCAAGAUAUCCCAGCUCGGCCAUCAAAUAUGCACACCGACACCCCUUCGACCCCCCGGUCCAGCCUGGAAGAGGAGGCCAGCACACCAUCAAAGCUAUCACGGGCGAUAUCACCACCGACUUCAGGGCCGAGAAUGCAUAG